UCUCAAAUGGCGAACAAGCCUCAGCCAGUUCAGGUACUAUACUGUGGAGUCUGCGGGUUACCAGCAGAGUACUGUGAGUUCGGACCCGACUUUGAGAAAUGCAAACCCUGGCUGAUUCAAAAUGCACCCGAUCUCUACCCUGAUUUCCUCAAAGAAUCAAGUGGAACAGAGACAGAAAAAGUCUCUGAUAAGCUUCAGUCGACUUCAAUCUCUGAAGGUUCUUCAACAUCUAAACCAGAAGAAGUCAAACGUCUUCCUGGUGGAAAGAUAAAAAAAGAGGACAAGCAAGAAAUUAUUAUUGAAAAGGAGACACGGAACAAGCGGAAAAGUAUCACAACUAUCAAAGGCCUUGAACUCUUUGGUGUUAAACUAAGUGAUGCUUCCAAAAAGCUUGGUAAAAACUUUGCUACUGGAGCUUCCUUGGUGAAGGUUUUGUUAGGGCCAACUGAGAAGGAGCAGAUUGACGUUCAAGGAGACAUAGCUUAUGACAUUGUGGAAUUUAUUACAAAAACCUGGCCCGAUGUUCCAGAAUCUGCAAUAUUCUUUAUAGAAGAUGGGAAAAAGGUUCCUGCGGCAUAAACUUAGGACUCUUUAUUCCUGCUUGCAGCAAGGUGUUUUAUUAGGUCAAUGCUCAUAUCAAUACGAUUAAAUUUUUGAGUGAGAAUUUGUAUUGGAGCUAUUGAUGCUCCUAUCCCGUCCAACCCUUUUCCCUACAGUUACUAAGGGAACCCAAA